CUUGAAUUUAGUGAUCAGCCAGGUAAAUCAAGCAGGAAGUAUAGAAUUCAUCAAACCGAAAGUACUCUCCAACCUCGGGAGAAUAUUGGGGUGGGGGCCAUGGAUUUCUUACAAAGUACACACUGGAAUCCAAAGUAAAAGACAAUGGCCACACCAACAACCUGGGCACAGGAGGCCAUCACCUGUGACCUUUGUGUCAAGCCUACCCAGCAGUUCUGUAACAGUUGUCAACUCAGUUUGUGUGUGGACUGUGUUAGUAAACACGUGGUCAAGCUCAAGUACCAACCACAUGACAUCGUUCAUUUCAAAGACAGAAAGAUACAACUUGUUUUUCCUGAGUGUGAAUUUCACUCCAGCCAGAGAUGUGAGGCCCACUGCCAGCAAUGUGAUGUUCCCGUUUGUCUGAAAUGCAUACUUGGUUCCCAUAAUGAACACAGAUAUAAAGACAUGUCUGAUAUUUUCAACAGCAAGAAAAAGAAACUUGAAAAGGAAACCAAAGAAAUUGAGUCCACCAUUAUUCCACAGUAUAAGAAGAAACAUGAAGAAACGGAAAGCAAAAUAUCCAUUAUAAUGGCCGAAUUUGAUGAACUGAACAAUGAAAAAGAAAAGCAUAGACAAUCCUGGCAUCAAGAAGUAGACACCAUUUUCAAUGAGCUUGGGUCUUUGAUGAAGUCCAUAAAAGAGAAUCUCCUGGCUGCUCUAACCUCUCACCAAUCCAAAAUAAAAAAUCAAAUUCCAAACAUGACCAAAACUCUUCAACAAAACAAAGAAAUUCUGAAGUCAAACAAUGUGUCUGUAGUCACCAACUACAAAUCCAAACUCCAGGAAUACAGGAACAUGCCUACUGAUAUUGAUAACAAACUGCCAUCACUCAAAACCAACGCAGUCCAAGGGAAAGUACUCAGCCUGGAAUUAGGAGAAUACAAGGCUUGCCUGACACAGACAUCUCUGUCCAGUCUGACUGAGGAAGUCUCUUAUUCAUAUUUACAAAAGCUGCUUGAACAAGCCAAAUCAAUUACAACCAUUCCUACUGGACUUAAUCCUCUAUACCAUGUUGCCUGUGUGGGAGUGGAUGAAGCCUGGGUUUGUGGUAAAGAUAAAACCAUAAGACGUGUUGACAUACACGGGUCUGUAUGGGACACUGUCACCACCACAUGUAAAACCUGGCCUAAUGACAUCACAGUGACCAGACAGGGGUAUUUGGUAUACAGUGAUCAUCACAAUAGAACUGUGAACAUUGUCAGACACAAUGGAACAGAGACACUGAUAACCACACCACAGGGCUGGAUUCCAGGUCAAUUAUAUUGUACUAAGUCAGGGGAUAUCCUGGUCAGUAUGUUUACUACUGAUGGAAGCCAACGUAAAAUUGUUCAUUAUCAGGGACUCGCAGUCAAACAGGAAAUAGAUAGAAAUGAAGAUGGAGAACCAAUCUACAAAGGAGGGGAAUACUCACUGUGUGUGGUAGAGAACAACAAUGGAGACAUCGUGGCCUCUGAUCUUAAUGCUGACACCGUGGUCGUGGUGGACAGGUCAGGAAUAGUCCGAUUCGGAUACGACGGUACACCAGCCAGAAGGAAGAAGUCAUUUAAUCCUGCACAUAUAGUGACAGACUCCAUGAGUCAGAUCAUUGUGACAGAUCUCAACAAUGACUGUCUACACAUCCUAGAUCAGAACGGACAGUUCCUGAGAUGUGUGGACAAUUGUGGACUAGAUAAUCCUCAAGGAUUGAGUGUGGACAGUGAGGGGAGGUUGUGGGUAGGAUCACAUGAUUCAGGAGAAGUUAAAGUGAUUCAGUAUAUGGAAUAAACACAAAAUAUCACAUACAGACAUCAGAUAAUGACAGAAUUCACACAGUGCUCUUGAUACAUAUAGUUGACUGCCCUAUUUCGGUGACUGACCAGAAUCGGGAACCUUUUGUUUACGUGUGCGCAUUGUCGUUUCCGGGUGUUAAUUAUGUCAUCAAUUUUGCCGUAGUGUUUGCAAACAUACACAGAGCACGUCUUCAAUUUUGUUCCAAAAAAUGAACUACAAAUAGAGUAUGCAAAAAAUCAACAUGAGAACCCCAAAAAUAAGCCAAUUUACUUAUUACUUUUCAAGCAAACCUUCAAAUUAAUAUAAAGUAUACCAAAGGUCUAAAAAUCUACACUAUGUUAUUUUAUCAAUUGACGUUUAGUUGCACAUUCCUCCUGUAUAUACGUUUUUACAGUUACAAAAUUUUGGCAAACAUAUAUUAACUAUGGUCACCGAAAUAGGUGACGUCAACGUUUUAGGAGCACAAAGUUACAUGUACCUGAAGAUGUUUCCAUAUCAAUAUGACUAAUCAUGGCCCUUCUGUUGUUGAGAUGAAGACUUUUAACGAUGUUAAAUUAUGUAAAACUUUGAUCCCCUAAUGUGGCCCCAAUCCACACCCAGGGUCAUGAUUUGAACAAAUUUGAAUCUGAUCUAACUUUUCAUCAAUGAAAGGUGAAGAUAACGAACAGUGAUCAAUCUCAUAACUCCUACAAGCAAUACAAAAUAGUUCAUUGGGCAAACACGGACCCCUGGACACACCAGAGGUGGAAUCAGGUAUCUAGGAGGAGUAAGCAUCCCCUGUCGACCGGUCACACUCACCAUGAGCCCUAUAUCCUCAGCAGGUAGACGGAGUUAUCCGUAGUCAAAAUCAGUGUAAUAUGACUAAUCAUGGCCCUGCUGUUCAUGAGAUUUUAAAGAUUUUUCCAAAACAGGUAAUAUAUCUGCACGUAAAACAUUAUCCCCUAUUGUGCCCCCAUCCUACACCUGGGGACCAUGACUCGAACAAACUUGAAUCUCCACUUUGUCAGGAAACUUUCAUGUAAAUUUCAAUUUUUUUGGCCCAUUGGUUUUAAUGAGAAGACGUCCAAAUGACA